CUUGUCACGGUCUCACAGGGUAUAAAAGGAGAGGGGCAGCUCGACUUUUGCAUUCUUCCAUCGCUUAUUGCUCUCGGCCCCAGCUCAUCCACACCUCAACAGCCCCAUCCAUUCACUGCUUACUUCAAGAUGUUCCAGCGCAACAUGCUCUUCGGUGCGGCCACCUUCGCGGGCCUCGCCAGUCUCGCUCUGGCUGCCCCUCUCGCUGAGAAGCGCCAGACGCCGUCGAGCUGCUCGGAGCACGCCAGUGGCUACCUCAUUGUCCGCCCUACCAGCAACACCAGCUCUGGUCCCAUCACCUAUGCCGGCAUCGUGUCGGGUGUCAAGCACGCCGGAAUCGAUGGCCAGGACGACUCGAUCAUCGUGACCAAAGAUGGCAAUGGCAAUGCCCUGCAGCCGCAGGUCUGGAGCUUCCUCCAGUGCACGGACCAGAACGGCCAGUCGCCCCCACCAGGUUACAAGCCGCCGACGUCGGGCCCCUCGAACAACUACUUUGGCAUUCUGCGCCCUCAGAGUGCCACCCAGCACUGCCUGGCCCUCGAGUCGGAGAACGAUGCGUCGACGGGGGCGCGCAACAGCGUCGUCGACUCCUUCUGCACCCAGGUCCCCGAGCAGUACCGCACCUUCAUGUACGUCGACUACAUCUACGGCAACAGCGCCGAUGCCAGCAACCUCUUCUUUGCCGACCAGAACGAGACGCUCGUCAUCGGAAGCACCGCCCACGCCGAGCUGCAGUUCUUCACCAACGGUGCCCCUUCUGGCCAGCAGACCUACCAGCUGCAGCUGCUCCCCAACACGCUCCCAUAAAGCGUCUCCCACUGUAUCUUAUCUCAGCUUCUUUAAUUGGAUCUCGGUUCUCGCUGGCUUU